GACAUCGAGAGCAGCACGGCGCUGUGGUCCGCGUGUUCCGAGUUGAUGCCCGACGCCGUGGCGACGCACCACCGUCUGAUCCGCGUGCUGAUCGCGAAGUACGGCUGCUACGAGGUGAAGACGGUCGGCGACUCGUUCAUGAUAGCGUGCAAGAGUGUGUUCGCCGCGGUGCAGCUUGUGCGUGAGCUGCAGCAGGUGUUCCUGCGGCACGAGUGGGAGACGAGUGCGCUCGACGCCGCGUACCGAAAGUUUGAGGAGGGCCGGGCGGAGGAGACGGAGGGGUACGUGCCGCCGACUGCGCGCCUGGACGCCGCUGUGUACCGGCAGUACUGGGGCGGUCUGCGGGUGCGUGCGGGGGUGCACACCGGGCUGUGCGACAUCCGGCGCGACGAGGUGACGAAGGGGUACGACUACUACGGCGACACGGCGAACAUGGCGGCGCGCACGGAGAGCGUGGGGAACGGCGGGCAGGUGCUGCUGACGCGUGCGGCGUACAUGGCGCUGAGCACGGCAGAGCGGGAGGAGGUGGAUGUGACUGCGCUGGGCGCGGUGGCGCUGCGCGGGGUGCCGCGGCCCGUGGAGAUGUACCAAGUGGACGCCGUGCCCGGGCGCACCUUUGCGGCGCUGCGGCUGGACCGAGAGGCGGCGGAGCUUGACGACGGUGGCGAGGAAUGGGGGAGCAGUGACGAGGCCUCUGCGUCCACCGCAAUGAGCGGCGUCCCGAACACCAUCGUGACUGUGUUGGCUGUGUUGUUUGGCACCUUUGCGGCCCCGCUGCGGCUGAAGAUGCUGCGUCCUCUGUGCGAGCGGUGGAGGGUCAGUGUGCCGCGCGGAGUUGGGGCGGGGCAUGAGGAGGCGUGCCGCGUGGCGAUGGAGCGUCUGGCGUCCAAAAUGGGUCGUGUGAUGGAGAAAACAGUCCGUAAACUUUCAGCUGGGUGCGAUCCGCGUACAGAAAGUCUGCAUCUUAUGUCUGCCUUUCAGAGUAGCGAUACGCCGCAUUUAUUCAACGCCGCCGCUGAGAGGGAGGGCCGCCUUGUGGAGCGUCCGUCGCACAGCGGUUUGUGGCGAGCGUCUUUAUCCCAGACGAAGGAGGAGUACUGGGAGAUGGAGGACUCGGAUGCCAUCAUCCACGUUUCUAGGCGUGUGUAG